CCCAAUUUUUGCAGCAGUUCCCCCACGGAUGAUUCACCAGCCGGUCUGGCUGCUGUUUACUUCAGGUUCCCCACGUCCCCGCCGAGCAGGGGCAGCGCGCUCGCCGCGGCAGAGGCGACCAUGUCAGGGAUGGCAGCGAAGUUGGCGAAGGAGCGGGAAACAGCCCGGGGCUUGGGCUCCAACGCGAAGGCGUUUAAAUACCUCAGCCAGGACUUCGAGGCGCUGCGGGACGAGUGCCAGGACCCCGCCUUCCCCGCCGUCCCCUCUUCCCUGGGCUACCAGGAGCUGGGGCCCACCUCGUACAAAACUCAGGGCAUCACGUGGAAGAGACCAACGGAGCUGUGUUCUAAUCCCCAGUUUAUUGUUGGAGGUGCCACCCGAACAGAUAUCUGCCAAGGAGCUUUGGGUGACUGCUGGUUGCUGGCAGCCAUUGCGUCUCUCACCCUGAAUGAAGAGAUUCUGGCCAGAGUUGUUCCCAAAGAUCAGAGCUUCCAGGACAGAUAUGCAGGAAUCUUCCACUUCCAGUUCUGGCAGUAUGGGGAGUGGGUGGAUGUUGUGGUUGAUGACAAGCUCCCUACCAAAAAUGGAGAGCUGCUCUUCGUUCACUCAGCAGAAGGGAGCGAGUUUUGGAGUGCCCUGCUGGAGAAGGCCUAUGCCAAGGUAAAUGGCUCAUACGAGGCACUGUCUGGUGGAAGCACCACUGAAGGCUUUGAGGAUUUCACCGGUGGAAUUGCAGAAUGGUAUGAGCUGCAAAAGGCACCAGCUGACCUAUUCAAAAUCAUCCAGAAAGCUCUUCUAAAAGGCUCCCUUCUUGGAUGCUCUAUUGAUAUCACAAGUGCCGCUGAGACGGAGGCAGUCACUUCCCAGAAGCUGGUCAAAGGCCACGCAUACUCCGUUACAGGAGCUGAAGAGGUGAAUUGCCGAGGAAGCAUGCAAAAGCUGAUCCGAAUCCGAAAUCCCUGGGGGGAAGUGGAGUGGACUGGAAAAUGGAAUGAUAACUGUUCAAACUGGAAUAGUGUUGCUCCCGAGGUGAGAGAGCGAUUGACCAGGAGACAUGAAGAUGGAGAAUUUUGGAUGUCAUUCAGUGAUUUCCUGAGACAUUAUUCCCGCCUUGAGAUCUGCAACCUGACUCCGGACACACUGGCAAAUGAAAAAUACAAGAAGUGGAGCCUGACCAAGCUAGACGGGAAUUGGAGACGUGGCUCCACUGCUGGGGGUUGCCGGAAUUACCCAAAUACUUUCUGGAUGAAUCCACAGUAUUUGAUUAAGCUGGAAGAAGAAGAUGGGGAUCUGGAUGAUCCUGAGAAGGGCUGCACCUUCUUGGUUGGCCUGAUGCAGAAGCACCGGAGGAGGCAGAGGAAGAUGGGGGAGGAUAUGCACACCAUUGGCUUUGGAAUCUAUGAGCUCCCCUCACAGUUUUCUGGACAGACAAACGUUCAUCUGAGCAAAAACUUCUUCCUGACGAACAGAGCCAAAGAAAAAUCAAACACUUUCAUCAAUCUCCGAGAGGUACUAAACCGAUUCAAACUCCCUCCAGGAGACUAUGUCAUUGUGCCAUCCACUUUUGAACCCAACAAGGAUGGGGAUUUCUGCCUCCGUGUCUUCUCUGAAAAGAAUGCAGAUUCACAGAUUGUAGAUGAUGAAAUUGAGGCCACUAUUGAAGAGUAUGACAUCAGUGAAGAUGACAUUGAACCCAGUUUCAAAAAGCUUUUUGGGCAGUUGGCUGGCAAGGAUGCAGAGAUCUCUGCUUUUGAAUUAUGCAAUAUCCUGAGAAAAAUCAUGGCUAAACGCCAAGAUAUUAAAUCAGAUGGCUUCAGUAUUGAGACAUGUAAAAUAAUGGUCGAUCUGUUAGAUUCUGAUGGAAGUGGUAAACUGGGACUGAAGGAAUUCCACAUACUUUGGACAAAGAUACAGAAAUACCAAAAAAUCUACAGGGAAAUAGACGUUGAUCGCUCUGGUACCAUGAACUCCUACGAGAUGCGGAGAGCAUUAGAAGAAGCAGGGUUCAAACUGACUUGCCAGCUGCACCAAGUCAUUGUGGCUCGUUUUGCAGAUGAGCAGCUUAUCAUCGACUUCGAUAAUUUUGUCAGGUGCUUGAUUCGGCUGGAAACUUUGUUCAAAAUAUUCAAGAAACUGGAUGUUGAGAAAAGUGGAACAGUGGAGUUGAAUCUGAACACUUGGUUGUGUUUUACUUUCAUCUGAAGUUAUAACUGACCUCAACUGCAGACAUCUCAUGAAAUCAAGAGAAUGGAACGCUUUCAUACAUCUUGCAAGGACACCCCAACUCU